UCCCUGCUAUGUGGAUAUUUGUUAGCAAUGACUGAUGUGGAAACUACAUAUGCAGAUUUUAUUGCUUCAGGAAGAACAGGUAGAAGAAAUGCAAUACAUGAUAUCCUGGUUUCCUCUGCAAGUGGCAACAGCAAUGAAUUAGCCUUGAAAUUAGCAGGUCUUGAUAUCAACAAGACAGAAGGUGAAGAGGAUGCACAGCGAAAUUCGACAGAACAAAGUGGGGAAGCCCAGGGAGAAGCAGCAAAAUCAGAAAGCUAACACUCCACUUUGAUCUUUAUCAACACCUGACAAUGUCUCAAAUCUCUGGGCCUGUCUGGAAUGCAUUUAUUUCCGAGAGUGAAAGGGGGAAAAAGAAAAUGGCUGUUCUGCAUUGCUGGAAACUGCUUGUUAUGUUAAAAAUGGGGGCAGAGGCUGUGGCUGCAGACAGACUUUUCUCUACCUCUGGCAUUAGCAAUGGUUGAAAUCAUGUGGCUUGUGUUUGGAUGUCAUUUUUGGAUGGAUCCUUUCACUUGACCAUAUAUAUGACGAAAUGCUUGUAGAGAGUAGCACUGACCUAGAUGAUGAUUCUUCCUGUAGCAUCUGGCCCCUCACAAUGUCAGAGGAUUUAAUUGUGUCUAAUCGCAAAGGGUUGGUUGAACCCCAGAGUUUUAAAUAUCUCUGGCCCAAGUAUUCACCCAGUAAAAGAACCAUCCAGAAAGCACUGUUUUUAACAUUAUGUAUCUGUGUGUUCCUGCUGUGUUAUUUACACUGUUUUGUAUUGUACAAUAUAGAUGCUCAGCACUGCCCCCUUCUUUGAUUGCUUAUGAAAAACAAAAAUGAUGUCUUGUUACUGUGAAUUUUUAUACCACUCAUUUUUAAAAGGGCUGCCUUUUUUUCUGCUCCAUAGUGUGGUGGUGUACACAGGAUAAGAUAGAACACACUUUUUUUUUUUUUAAACAUAAUCUUUCCCCUUAAUUCACUGCUGAUGAAUUAAGUCUAACAGAUUCAUCAAGACUCCUUUUGCUUAUUGUACAGGCAUUCGAAAAUAUCCAUUAAUGUGAAUAUUACCUGAAUUCAGUCUGUUUGGUGUCUGCACAGACCAGAAUUCAAUCUGCAAAUUUUGUCUUUUGCCCAAGUGUAAAACUUUUUCCAAUGAAUAUUUUUAUUUUCAGUUAUGAGGAUUUGGGAGAAUUGGGGAGGUGGGAAAGAGAAUCCAAGGUAAUACCAAGCACUGGAAAUACUUCCUUCUAUGAAAUCAAAUUUCUCACAGUGCUGUAUGAUAUUAUUAAAAUUUGGAGGACAACUUAUCUCCACAGAGCUGCAAAAGAUGGAGAAAAUGACCUUGCAAUCAUGUGGACACCAAUCACAAAAAUAAAGCCCUUGUGUUUUUCAUGUCUUUUUUCAGCCCUAUCAGAUCCAAAUGUUAUUAUGCAGUUUUUAAUGUUUGUAAACUUUUACUAAUAUAAUUAGUGUGAAUUGCAUUCUGAUACAAUAAUAAUCAUUAUUAGAAGCUGACAAAAAUCCUUAUUAAUACUGUUGAUGGCCUCUGCUGUGUUUUGACAUCAUGGUUCUUAUAUGGAAAGUUUCCUGUGUAAUCCCUCCAGUCAGUAUUAUGAAAUCAUUUCUCAGUAGUAAUAAAAAAGGCACCAGUAAUAUGCAGUGGCUCAUGAAUUACUGGAUAAAUACAAGGCAACAGGAAGACCCUUUACAAUAAAAAGCCCACUUAACUAUCCUCGAGGUCUUAGAUAGCGUCUCACGUGAAGUAGGUUAGGCAGCAUUUCAGCAGAUAAUCAGUAUGGACAAACCAGGAUCUCAGCCCUCCUUUGUAGUUACAUAAGGGAUGAAAGGUAAGUCUGCCCUCAUCUCCCUUUACAGUACAUUUUGAAUGAGAUAAGGGCAUGGGUAUCACUUAAUCCUCAAUCAUGUAUUACUAGAAAAAAUGUUAACUGUGUGACUCUUGGAGAAAAUAGGAGGAGGAAAGAUAAAAUUUUAGAGAACUUCCUUUUGUCUAACCCAAUAGGGUCCAAAAUGGCCAGUUAAAUUUCAGACCAAUCCACCUAUUAAUAGACUCACAAAUGGGAAAAGAGGUUCCUGAGGCUAUUUUAGACAAUUUCUGGUAGUCCAUUUAGGACAUCCACUUACACAUCCAUACAAUCACUUUUUCAUAUCCUCAUUUAUUAUCCUCAUAGCUUUCUUGUGCAUCCAGGUAACAUUCUCUUCAUCCUUAAAUUUAUAGAGUUCCAGACUGAUUUCAUGUGAUUCUGUAAAGUUUAGGACUAGUGCUGAGUAUAUGUGGAGGAUUUAUAUUCCUAUGUGAUAUAUAAUUAUUAAUGCAUGUGGUAUCAUGCUUGUCUUUGAAUAUAUAAUAGUGCUAAAUUGUGAAGUCAUAUGGAGCUUUUGAAUUAUUUUGACCUCUUACUGCUACUUUGUCUGCUAUAUUCAAACCCAAAGGUAUUACCAGGCCAGAAAAUAAAAAUCAACUCUCCAAAACAUCCACAUCCCAUGAAAGUUGCUCAGCAAAAGUUCAAAAUAACUUCCAAAUUCUGUCAUAUCUUUUACUUUGCAAGUCAAUAAUAUACAUGGGAUUGAAUUUUUAAGGAGAGAAAGAAAUGCAUUUGGUUUGAUUAUACACAUUAAAUGCCUAUUAACUGACUUUUUGCUAAUCACUUCAGCACACAUAUUCUUCCACUUAAUCCUCAAACAAUUCAAUUAAAGAGGUAACAUUAUUCCAUUUCAGGAAUCAGGAAAUUAAAGCUCAAUAAGGUAUAACUUUUACAAGCUUAAAAAGCUAAUAAGUGACGAAAUAAAAUUUGAACCUGUGUUUAUCUGUCUCCAGGGAGCUUUCCACGGCACAUGCUCUAAAAUUGAAGCCAGUUACAGAGCAUGUAUGUCUAUAAGAGAUGGACUGGAUCAGCCUCCAUAUUUUAGAGAAGGAAAGAGUAAUUGUUGAUCUCAAAGUUACCUAGAUGAGUAAUGACGCAGAUGUGACUAGCACUUUUAUUUAAAAAAAAUAAUAAUAAUAAAUUUAAUUAAAACUUAUUUUUUGUGUUAUACUUCCCAGAAGACAUUUUUCUGACAUGAAGUCUAUAAACUUAGCAUGGUUCAGAUUUUUUACAUUCCAUGCUACUCAUUUUGUUUAAUUAACUAGAAAUGUGAUAAUUUCAGUUUUUUGACUUACUUUUCAAAUUUACCUUUAAUCAAUUGUAAGCAUCCUGUGCUGAUAUUGAAAUCAUAAAUUCAUAGAAAUGUUUUUACAACAGAUGACAAAUGAUUUUUAGGCAAUAUCCCCAGAGCUGCACACUGUAAAUACCCAACACUCAAGUCUUACUUACAGUGGAAAUGUACUGUUUUAGAAGAUGAACAAUAUUGCUUCAGAGAAGCAAUAAGGGGUUAAAAAAAAAAAAUGUAACUGUGGGCUGUAAAGUUUCUUGGUGAAGCCAGUAGUCGGGAGAAUAUGUAAAGUCAUCAAGUGAAAACAGGAAAGGAACUAUGUUUAUGAUGUCUUAAUAGGCCCUAAAUUGUUCUUUCAUUUAAAAAGUGGCAGUCUCUGAAGUCAUUUGUGAGCUUGUAUGACUUUUGUAUUUAGCAAUGUUGCAUGCUCACAUAAUUGAUAUUAAAAGUAAUACAUUUUUCUGAAAUGUA